AUGGAAAAUAGCUCACUGCAAGAUCCACUCUCUUUCGUACCAUUCGGUUAUGGACCUCGAAAUUGUAUUGGAAUGCGGGUAGCACAAAUGCAGAUGAAAGUGACUAUGGUACACAUUCUUCGCAAAUACGAGUUUCGACCAGGAGAAGUUUUGUGUCAAAAUCUGAGCAAACAACAACUGAAAUUGCCAAACGAUGCUGUUUUGGAAGGCUAUUGUUAUGGCACUGCUGAUAUGUCUUCAAUUCGGCCCCGCAAGUUCUGCACCGAAGACACCAAAUGA